AUGGCAGAAUAUGUCUUGCCGCUCGCGGUCUCGUGUAGCCUUGCCCAGGAGGCGAGGCACGCACCAGAGCCAUCGCCGGACGCAACCAGCUCAGUGGAUGUCGCGCAGCUGAUCAUCAUUCUGACGAAAAGCUUUGCGGUUGUUCUAUUUGUCUAUGGAGGCUAUGCCUACAACGCCGUUUUUCUUUCCAGGAUACUCCAAGCAGCUGGUAAGGAGAAUUUCGUCCUCCCUUUUGCAGUGAUGUUUAACUUCUUCUACAUCUUGGGGCUUUUCAGCUAUGUUGCUGCGACCCUGGCGGACCCUGGCUCGGUCCCAGAGCGUUGGCUCAGCUUCGUCGAGCGAGUUGAGAAGCAGCUUCCCGUGGCCAACCCAAGAGCCGAGUGGCAGCCAAGCAAGGCGACGAGAUGCAAAAAGUGCAACAUCAUUCGGCCUGAGCGGGCUCACCACUGUCACUUUUGCAGAAGAUGUAUCCUGCGAAUGGACCACCAUUGCCCAUGGAUAAACAACUGUGUUGGCAUGCACAACCACAAGUAUUUCACACUGCUCGGCAUUUAUGCUGGACUUGCUAGCUUCAUUGCGCUGAGCACUAUUUUACCCGAUCUGCUGACUUGCCUGUCGUCCGUCCUGCGCAUGGACGGUGACUUGACAUACGGGCCUUCUUUUACCAAGCACUCGGGCUAUCUUCCUGCCGGCAGCAAUGUGCUAGAAGCAAUGAUGACCAUCCCCGAGGCCAAAGAAAAAUGUGCCGGGAUGAAGACCUGCAAAGGCUUCUGCUACAUAGGCGAAGAUUCAGGUUUGCCUCUGAAGAUCUACUUCAAGGACAAGUGGCAGUUCUGGCCGGACAAGAACAGCCACUGGACUUCGUACAGAUAUGAGCAGGCGGCGAGCCUAGAUGACACCUAUGUUUUCCAAUUCCUGCUGUUGGGAUGCGUGGUCAUGGCGGCGAACGCCUUGCUUGUACCUCUCAAUUGCUCCCAUUUGCCAAACCUGCUGGACAAUGUGACUAUGAUUGAAUCCAACUACGACAACAUGCCCAACCCCUUCGAUCAGGGCAGCGGCAUGAGCAACAUGGCGCAGAUCUUCGGCAGCCCAGGCGGCGACCUCAUGCUGGUGUUGACUUCGUGUGCUUUUCAGACCUUGGCCCUUACACGGUUCGAUCAUUCCGCAACACGGCAUGGCACCAUGGCAGCCAUGGCGCGAACAGCUGGAGCAAAGCCGAUCAUCCAUUUCUCCGGCCAGAUUCCCGAGCUCCGGUGGUUGGACAACCUAUGCUGUGCCGGCUACCCAAUCGAGAUAGAAGGGCUCCAGUGGCCCAGCACGGAGCACUACUUCCAGGCACAGAAAUUCCUUAGCACCUGCCCCGAGCUUAUGGAGCGCAUCCGAAGUUUACCGGCAGAUUCCGUGGAGAGCAAUUUCGAGGCGAAGCGCUUGGGCCGUUCUGGGAGGCUGAGAAGUGACUGGGAGCAGGUGAAGUACGCCGUCAUGAGGACUGCUGUGCUGGCAAAGUUCUCACAGCACGAAGACCUACGGCGGAGGCUGUUGCAGGACAUACCCCGUGAGGCCAUAUUUGUGGAGCACUGUGCUGAUGCGGAGUGGGGCGACGGUGGCGAUGGAAGCGGCAAGAACUUGUUUGGGAAAGUCCUCACGGAAGUGAGGGACACACUUGCCAAGCAGGAAGGAGAUAGUCUCAGCCAGGAGACUGAAGGGCAGCGCCAUGUCAGCGAGACUGUUGGUGCUCAUGCUUAA